GUAGGAAAUCCGACGUGGUGCUGGGCCUAUAUUUCCCAUAUUUGCAGAUAUGCCCCUCACGAAUUUUCCUUACAGGAUUCACUCUCUGCAGCUGGGAACCAAUUGUUGCUCAAAGCUAGCCAGCCUCUUACAGGCAAUAGCUAGUGUACUUGUUGUCUUUCAAGUGGACCAUGGAGCGGAGAAAACUUGUCCAAGCUGAGGUUGCAUGGCAUGGUUGGGGGAGACUCCUGUACUUCUAGAAGAGGGAGACGGAGGAAGGAAGAAAAAAUAGCUGCUAUCUUUUCGGUCCACUGGGAGCCGUCAGAUUGACGACUCCCUACACUUCACUAGAUCUGCAGAUCAUUCUUUUGGGCAUCAUGGCAGCAAAGAGAUGGGAUGAAGGAAGAAUGGCAGUGGCCGGUGGUUCGAUGGAAAACACUGCCACUGCCGCGCUGGUUUUUCUUUUGGGCCAUAUUCCUCGGGUAGCAGGCGGGGCAAAAGAUGUGGUCAUCCAGAAGGCAAACUUUGCGGUUUUGUCAGGACAUCUUCAGAAUAUGCAUGCAGUCUUCGAAGAAAUCGCAGGUCAUACGAUUGAUGACGACUCCGAGACCAGGGAGGCCUUGCAGAAACUGCAGGCAGAAAUAAUCAUGGCACAAAAGCUGGUUGACGAAUGUGUGCGCAAAAGCAAGUUCUUCUUGCUCUUGAAAUGCCGACAGUAUGCCAAGCGCCUUGAGAUUACGACUCGUGAGAUUGGACGGUGCUUAAGUCUUCUUCUGGAUUCCGGCAUAGAAAUGUUUCCUGCGGAGAGAGAGCAAAUACGAGCCAUUGAAAACCAAAUGCAGACCGUGGAAUUUCAUGCAGGGGAGCUAGAGGCCUCCAUUUGCGACAAGCUUGAAAAGGCCUUGACAGAAAGAAGGGACGACAUCGAGUUGGUGAACAGCCUGCUGGAAGAAAUAGCUCAGGUGUGUGGAAUCCCUGCAGAAUCCAGCUCGCUGACAACAGAGCUUGCCAGUUUCCGAAUGGAGAAGGAGGAGGUGCUGAAGAAGAAGGAUAUGGCAGAUGGAGCAUAUCUCGAGCAGGUCAUCGCUUUUCUGAGCAGAGGAGAUGCAGCCAACUCGGCGGGUCAGGUUCAAAGAGAGUAUCUCUUAAAGAGGAGCAGUAUUUGCGAUGGGAUGAUAUCAGUCCUGCCACCUUUGCAGGCAUUCCUUUGUCCGAUAACAGGUGAAAUCAUGCAAGACCCUGUCUCUCUCGAGACGGGGCAGACAUAUGAGAGGAGUGCUAUUGAAGAAUGGUUUGGCUGUGGCAACCUGACUUGUCCUGUCACCGGCGCUGCCGUGAUGAAGGAUGGCAAUGUAUCACUCCAACCAAAUCGUGCUUUGAAGGAUUCCAUACACGAAUGGCGUGAUCAUAACUACGUGAUCACUAUUCGCUCUGCAAGAGUGCUGCUAGAGUCGAAAAAUGUGGAGCAGCAGGCAAAGGCUCUCCGCGGUCUUCAUCAGGCAUGCAUGGAAAGGGCAAGUAACCGUUGUUGGGUGAAUGCAGAGGGGGUUCUGCCGGCAUGCUCGGACGUUCUGAAGUCAGAGAACAAGGGGCUGCGAAUAGUAGCAUUGCAGGCUCUUCUCACCAUUGUGAAGGACCAUGACAAGAAUAAGGUGGGUUCAAUGUGUACGUGACCUACUCUGCUGUUUCCUUAACUUUCUUCUCACUUUCAUGUAUGCAUCUUCUCUGUUCUUUUCUGUUUCUUCUUUGUCACUUCCCUGUUUUCUCUGUGUUCGUCAGUUGUGGUUCUAGUACCAUUUUACUGCUCCCAUUGUACUUGUUGUAUCUGAUGCACAUCUAGUCUAUUGUUAUUAUCGGAUUUGCUUUGCAACUUUGCACACUCCUGAGGAAGCCGAAUGAAUGCCUCCAUCGAGU